GGGGAGAGGAAGAUGGCGGGGGAGGGGGAGAGAGAGGAAGAGUUUCCAAACUUGUCUCCAGUGACACGAGACAUUUACGCUCCACAAGAUAAAACUGCCACUUAGAGCUCAGGAGAGCUAAACCUGCCUGGGCUUGCCUGGGGGCUUGAGCGGAGUCAUGGGUUCUCUUGUCUUGAGGCUCAGCGCUGUCUUUUGCCUGUUGGCUCACUCAGUUUGUGGCAGCCCCAUCAUGGGCCUUGAGCAGUCACCUCUGGAAGAAGAUAUGCCCCUCUUUGAAGAUGUCUUCUCAGAGCAAGACGGUAUGGACUUUACCACCCUGCUGCAGAGCAUGAAGGAUGAGUUUCUCAAGACAUUGAACCUGUCUGACAUCCCUAUGCAGGAUUCAGCCAAGGUUGACCCACCAGAAUACAUGUUGGAACUCUACAACAAAUUUGCCACGGAUCGGACCUCCGUGCCCUCUGCCAACAUUAUCAGGAGCUUCAAGAAUGAAGAUCUGUUUUCUCAACCAGUCGGUUUUAAUGGGCUCCGAAAAUACCCUCUCCUCUUCAAUGUGUCCAUCCCUCACCAUGAAGAGGUCAUCAUUGCUGAACUCAGGUUAUACACCCUGGUGCAAAGAGACCGCAUGCUAUAUGAUGGAGUAGACAGAAAAAUAACCAUUUUUGAGGUUCUAGAGAGUGGAGGGGAUAACGACGGUGAAAGAAACAUGUUGGUCUUAGUGUCAGGCGAGAUCUAUGGACUCAACAGUGAGUGGGAGACAUUUGAUGUCACAGAUGCCAUCAGACGUUGGCAAAAGUCAGGCUCGUCUACCCAUCAGCUGGAGGUCCACAUUGAGAGCAGACAGGACCAAGCUGAGGAUGCUGGAAGGGGACAACUGGAAAUAGACACCAGUGCCCAGAAUAAGCAUGACCCUUUGCUUAUUGUGUUUUCUGAUGACCAAAGUAGUGACAAAGAGCAGAAAGAGGAACUGAAUGAAAUGAUUGCUCAUGAGCAACUUCUGGAGCUGGACAGCUUGGGCAUGGAUGGCUAUUCUAGUGGACCAGGGGAAGAGGCUUUGUUGCAGAUGAGGUCGAACAUCAUCUAUGACUCCACUGCCCGAAUCAGAAGGAAUGCCAAAGGAAACUACUGCAAGAGGACCCCACUGUACAUUGACUUCAAAGAGAUUGGCUGGGACUCCUGGAUCAUUGCUCCACCUGGAUAUGAAGCCUAUGAAUGUCGUGGUGUUUGUAACUACCCCCUGGCAGAGCAUCUCACACCUACAAAGCAUGCGAUUAUCCAGGCCUUGGUCCACCUCAAGAACUCCCAGAAAGCUUCCAAAGCUUGCUGUGUGCCCACGAAGCUAGACCCUAUCUCCAUCCUCUAUUUAGACAAAGGCGUUGUUACCUACAAGUUUAAAUAUGAAGGAAUGGCGGUCUCUGAAUGUGGCUGUAGAUAGGCGAGUUCCAUAGCUUAUUUAAUAACUGUAAAUGUGUAUAUUUUGUGUUCUAUUUAAUGAAAAUAUUUAAUAAGAGUGUACAGAUAAUAGAGGCUUGCCACCUUAGAGAAAUGGAAAGAAAGAUUUGUUGUAGGAAAUGCAAUUU